CCAGUAUGCGUAACACCAAUGGCAUUACCACGCCUAGCCUCGGUUUCUCGCGAAGCGUUUCAAACGAGUGACGCGCCGAUAGCGUCACACAGUUCACCAGGAUUCGUUUAACGCGAUUCAAACGAAAGUUGGCAAAGUUGGUCUGGUUACACGACAGCGGCAGUGUCAGUGUUGUACGGCGGGCACAAAGUCGGAAAUCGCCUUCAAUAAAGUGCAACUUUCGCGAGUUCGCCUCGUCGUCGUCGACUCGUCGCCGGAGUUUCGCGUUCUAAACGAGCGAAAACAACGAACAAGUUCGUCGGCUGGAGUUCUUCUCCGAAAAAUUAGUCGGCAACGGAAUCAGUCUCGUUGGACGAGUCGGUGUGACGGUACUGCUCUGUCACGAUCGAAACGAAGAAUCGCUUUUGUCGCGGCCGUUUAAACGCGACGAGGCGACCGACGAAGAAAGAAAGUUGGCCAGCCUACUAAAAAUUCAAAACGCGGGCGAAUUUCCUUGGGAAUAAAUUUCCAAGUUUCCUUCGCGAGAAUAGCCGAGCAAAUACGGCGUCGCGAGCUUAUCCAACCCUGGAAGGAGCUAGAAAGUUUGACGCAUUGCCGGUGAAUAAACCGAAACGAUUGUUACGCAACGUUUGCGUAAAGAAAGGGGGAAAGAACUUUUUUAACUCUCGUGUUAUUCAUCCAUAUCGAGGACAACGACGAUAGACUAUGAAUAAUAGUCAAUCCAAUAUAACGACGACUUGCGAGUUGAAAACUCGCGAUGCGCCGACAGCGAUAACCCUAUCGUCAGAGGCUGAUGGAAAAGAGUUCCUGUUGUCGCCUCGAGGAAGAAUGUCGCAUCCACAGAGACAAAGCAUGUCCUUGACUGCCGUUAUCAACCAUCGACGGGGUCUUCUCGGGGCAUUGAUUUCAGGGCUAGGCAGUAACAUGUCGCUACCCUCCUGCAUCCCUCAGGAUCAGGAAUUUGUAACGGGACACACGACAGGAUGUAAAAUACCGUUGUUAAACAAUCGGAAUCAUCCGGAGAGGAACGAUCACGAAAGGCAACGACCCAAUUUCCUACCACUGUCACCUGUCAACAAGGCUUACGUGUCUGUAAACGCUUUGGAACCAGCGAAGGUCAAGCAACAGAUGAUCGAGCAACGACCAAAAUUGACAGAGAAAAGGAAGUGUCACGCGGAAAUGGUGUCCAUUAUGAGUACUCUUUACGCGAAUUUGUUGAUCGUAGUUGGACUUGCUGUACCUAUCACUGCUAAUGUGACGGAAAGAGUUCCAGCUUCGUUGAAUCAGGGUUUCUACUUGUAUUUAUACGUAGUCAGCGUCAUGUUCGUGAUCUCUAUGUACGUAAUGGUAUUGAGGGACAAAGCCGAGAAGAAUAUGGUGCGGAAAAACGAGAAGGAAGAGGCGUUAAAAUUCGACGAGAAGGGCGAUCGCGUGAACGCGUGUCAGACGCAACAGUACGGCAGCUUUUGUCUGAGACUCGGCGCAGUGGGAUUUGGCGCUGGCUCGUUGGUAUUUACGGGAUUGCAAAUUGGGGCGGAAAUAGCUUCCGGUCCGUUCAGGGCGAUUACACCGGGUGCCAGGCUGCUGCUAGUUACGGCCCAGAUGCACUUUAUAUUUCUCAACAGUAAAAGUCUCAACUUGGCCAAGCACGCCGCCCUCGCCAAGUUAGGCCUGAUGCACAUGAUCGCGACUAAUCUCUGCGAAUGGCUGCAGGCGUUGGUCGAGGAAACGCAACACGAGAUCGAUCAGCUGGGCUACACGCACGACGACGAUGACGGUAUCCUCAAGUCGCUUCUGAGAGACGCCAGCCCGUUCCUUUUCCCGUGCACAAUUGAAUUCAGUUUAAUUUGCGCGGUGAUACUGUUCGAGAUGUGGAAGAGGGUGGACGAGAAGAUCGAUGCUAAAAGCGAGAUCCCGACGAGAUCUUCGUAUCACCUUAGCAUAGAUUGCAGCAGCUCUCACAAAGGUCUCUUUGGCGGAAUUCUAGUCGUUGCCGCGACGAUAUUGAGCUUGAUCAUGUUCUUCGUGCUGAAGGAGGCCAAGAUGAAGAUCGCGAUCGUUCAGGUUACCUCGUUGGACGCGACUAUACUUAUGUUAGGUAUGAUCGCUUCGGUCGCUGGAACAUUGAAAUUGCAGGCGUUGCAGCAAAAGAUUAUCAAGCCAUCGGACUUGGAUACCACCUUGUUGGCGGCAGCUCAAGCUGGGGUCUAUCUGCAUUGUCUGUUCGGAGUUGUUGGUGAUAUACUGACAAUGGGUCCGACCUGGAUACUGUCGCUUAUCACAGAUUUAUUGGCCCUGGUACAGAGCACGAGCCAGACACUGCUUAUUAAAAUCGCGUGGGGAAGACGUUGCUCCAGAAACGACAAGCCUGGCAAGGAACUGAUUACCUUUCUGAUAGUCGUCAACAUCGCUUUAUGGACAGUGAACACACUGGAGAAAUCUCGUGCGGGGGUUCGUCCGGAUCAUUUACGAUUCUUCGGUGUAUGGGCAUGGACCAUCAUAACGCACGUGUCUAUGCCGUUGGCCAUAUUCUAUCGGUUUCAUUCGGCGAUAUGCCUGUUCGAAAUAUGGAAGACGUGUUACAAAUGUAGAUCCAACAGCGUCGUUCAAACGCCUUACUAAGUUAUCUGAUACAAAACGAUGACUUUAUAGUACGGUUAUUUUGAUAAAAUUGUUACUUUUCAUAAAAAGUACAAGU